AUGGCUCUUCCGGAAUUAGCGUCUUCAUCUUCUUCACCAAUUGAUGGUCAUACUUAUACGUAUGACGUAUUUUUAUGCUUUAGAGGUGUCGAUACUCGUUAUAAUUUCACCGAUCACCUUAAUAACGCCCUCGUAGCUGCCAACAUCACUACCUUCUUUAGUGAUGAAAAAAUUGAAAUGGGGGUAGAUCUGAAACCAGAUUUGGAGAGUGCGAUUAAAGCAUCUAGGGCUUCUGUUAUCGUGUUAUCAAUAAAUUUUGCUGCUUCGACAUGGUGCCUUGACGAAUUGGUGCUGAUUCUUGAGCAACGUAGGAUAUCCAACCAUAUUGUUGUUCCCAUCUUUUAUCAUGUUGAGCCCAUCCACGUCAGGAAGCUACAAAGUAGCUUCGAAAAUGCCAUGGCUAUGCAUAGUCAAAGGAUGGAGAUGGAGAUCGAUACUGUAAAUAAAAGUCAUCGGGCUCAAAAGAUAGACGGAUUCAAAAAAGCGCUUGCAGAAGUUGCGAAUCUAAAAGGGAUGCUAGUAUAUGGGGACAAGCGAGAGUCAGAGGUUAUUCAAGACAUUGUUAAAGACCUCAAGCGUAGAUUAAACUUAUCUUCAAUGAGUUCUCUACCACAAGACGUGAGAUUUCAUCCAGAGUUGGUCAUGUGUCGGAUGAAGCAACCAAAUCACCCCGAGAUCCCACUCCAAGCCAUAAAGUAUUGUACAGAUGACUUCAACGAAAAAAAUAUGAUUGGAAAAGGUGGAUUCGGAAAGGUCUACAAGGGAAUCCUCACAUGGGGGGAUCAUGUAAACAAGCCAGUCACUGUAAAACGGCUAGAGAUCAAUAAUAAUCAAGGUAACAAGGAGUUCAACACCGAGCUCAAAAUGCUUUCACAGUAUCGGCAUCACAACAUUGUAACCCUUAUUGGGUUUUGUAAUGUUAACAAUGACAUGAUCCUUGUUUACGAAUACGCAAGCAAUGGAAGCCUUGACAAACAUUUGCUUAAUCCUUCCUCUCAACUUUCAUGGCUACAACUCCUCAAAAUAUGCAUCGACGUUGCUUCUGCAUUGGAGUAUCUUCAUAAUCAUGUCGCAAAAAAACACAGAAUAAUACAUCGCGAUAUUAAAAGCGCAAAUAUUUUGUUGGAUGAAAACUGGAAUGCAAAACUUGCGGAUUUUGGGCUGGCUAAGAUAGGAUUAGCUAAUCAACAAAACAGCAAUGUGAUAACUAAUGUUGCCGGGACAUUUGGUUAUAUCGACCCACAAUAUGGAAGAACGGGGUUUUUAACAAAAGAAUCGGAUGUUUAUUCUUUUGGUGUGGUUUUGUUUGAAGUUUUGUGUGGAAGGGUGGGGUGUGUAGAUUAUAAUGAUGAGCGGAAAUUCCUCUUUCAUUAUGCUCCAACUUGUUAUAAAAAUGGUGAUAUGGAAAAGAUUGUUGAUCAAAGAAUAAGGAAAGACAUCAAUCCAAUAACGUUGCUCAAGUUUUCAGCUACUGCUUAUCAAUGCUUGCAAGAAACUCGGGAACACCGGCCUACAAUUGAUGAGGUUGUGUUCCAACUAAAGGAGGCCAUGAAAAUUCAAUUAGAAGAUGAGAACCUCUGA